AUGAAUGAAGAAAAAUCGGAUGUUGUUAUUCGGGAUUGUCAACCAUGUCGAUAUAUUGGCACUGGAUUAUUUCUCUUUGUUGCUGCAUAUAUCUGGUACAAUACGCGGAAUGGUGAUAUUAUUUACAAAAAGCUGCCUUUACGUCUUAUUGCUAUCGGAUCGAUGUAUAUGUCACUUGCACGAUUCGUUUAUCUUCCACCAUUCAAGCAUCUUGCUCCCAAGAAAUCUCUAUAA